GUCACUUUUUAGUUUAGCUCUGUUGGUUGGCUGACAGCUUGCUGGAUCUGCUUAAGUGAACGAGAAAUGGAAUCUGCGACUACGAAAAAAGUCUGCUACUAUUAUGACGGUGAUAUUGGAAAUUAUUAUUAUGGUCAAGGACAUCCCAUGAAACCGCAUCGCAUAAGGAUGACCCACAAUCUUCUUCUUAAUUAUGGUUUAUAUAGAAAAAUGGAAGUUUAUAGACCAUCUAAAGCAUACAGCGAAGAUAUGACAAGAUUCCAUAGUGACGAAUAUGUCAAAUUCUUGAAGAAUGUAAGACCAGACAAUAUGCAUGAAUUUAAUAAACAAAUGCAACGUUUCAAUGUUGGUGAAGAUUGUCCAGUCUUUGAUGGACUUUUCGAAUUUUGCCAGUUAUCAGCUGGUGGUUCUAUUGCUGCAGCCGUCAAAUUGAAUAAACAGCAAACUGACAUCGCCAUUAACUGGGGUGGCGGUCUCCAUCAUGCAAAGAAAUCUGAGGCGUCAGGAUUCUGCUAUAUCAAUGAUAUUGUAAUAGGGAUUUUAGAACUUCUGAAAUAUCACCAACGAGUUCUUUAUGUGGAUAUUGAUAUUCAUCAUGGUGAUGGUGUUGAAGAAGCUUUCUAUACUACUGAUAGAGUAAUGACCGUUAGUUUCCACAAGUACGGCGAGUAUUUUCCUGGAACUGGUGAUCUAAAAGAUAUUGGUGCUGGUCGUGGUAAAUAUUACGCUGUUAAUUGUCCACUGAGAGAUGGGAUGGACGAUGACUGCUACGAGCGUAUUUUUAAGCCUGUCGUAACGAAAGUUAUGGAAACUUUUCGACCCGGGGCUGUUGUCUUACAGUGUGGUGCUGACUCAUUAUGUGGUGAUCGACUUGGGUGUUUCAAUCUUAGUCUAAAAGGCCACGGAAAAUGCGUCGAAUUCAUCCGCUCAUUUCCUUUACCUCUUCUUCUUGUAGGAGGUGGUGGUUAUACAAUCCGAAACGUUGCUAGAUGCUGGACUAAUGAAACAUCCAUUGCCCUUGCAACUGAGAUCCCCAAUGAUUUACCAUACAAUGAUUAUUAUGAGUAUUUCGGCCCUGACUUCAAGCUGCAUAUCAGUCCGAGUAAUAUGGCUAAUCAGAAUACUAAUGAAUAUCUUGAGCAUAUAAAAACGAAACUAUUUGAAAAUCUGCGUAUGAUACCUCACUGUCCUAGUGUUCAAAUGCAAGAUAUUCCGGAUGACAUUGUCGAUUUUGAUGAAAAUGAUGCUGUUGCAAAAGAUUUAGCCGAUCCAGACAAGAGGAUUUCAAUAAUGGCUGCAGAUAAAGCCAUCAUGCCUAAUAAUGAGUUUUUCGACGAUCCAGAAGAAGGUUCUGGGCUUGGAGGCACCACACUUCGAUCAGGCAAAUCAGCUUCACGAGAUGUUCAAAAUCACCGAGACCAACCAAAACGCGCACGCACGGAUGAAGAUGCCAGUUCAUCCACCACGAAACCAAACAGUAAAGAAGGAAGUGGGUCUAAAAAGACAGAUUCUACUAGUGACAAGCGUUCGGAGUCCAAAAGCGACUUUGUAGAAAAAAUGGAAGUUGAUUUAUCUAAAAAAGCCAACGGUCUAAUAGAACCGGAGCGAGCUGCUAAUUAACUGGGUUUUUGUCACAUUGUUUAUUCUUAAUAAUUUUUGUAAAUGUCUUUGUCCCUGUCUUCUUUUAUACAAAUAAUCCCCCGUGAUUCAUAUGAAUGUCAUGUUUAUGAUAUCCUGUGUUCAUUGUUUGUUUAACAUCUAACUACAUGUAUUCUUUCUUCUUAUUUUCCGAAAUUGCCUGUCAUAUUGUACGCAUUUAUUCGACUUAAAUACUACUAAAUUGUACAGUUCCUGCAAAAGUAUACCAUUUGCUAUCCUAAUGUUCAGUGAAUUCAAUUUUGCUUAUAUGUUUUAUGAUGAAAGUAGGUAAUAAAAAUUUACAGUAUUC